AUGGCGUCGUUCAAUUUCGGCGCGGCCGCCGCGCCCACGCCCGGCGCGGCCGCCGCGCCGUCGACGCCGCUGUUCGGCGGCGGCGGCAUAUUCGGCGGCGCCGCCACCCCGACCACCGGCGGCAACAUCUUCGGCGGCGCCGCGCCGGGCACCGCGCCCGCGACGGGAGGGUUCGGAGGAGGCGCGCCGACGACGCCGUCGCUGUUCGGUCCCGCGCCGGGGACCGCGCCCGCGACGGGCGGGUUCGGAGGAGGCGCGGCGACGCCGUCGCUGUUCGGCGGCGUCCCGCAGCAGCAGCAGCAGCCGCAGCCGCAGCCGCAAUCGCAGCCGCAGCCGCAGUACCCGCAGAGCGCGCCGCGGCGGUACGACUCGCUCCUGGACGGCGACGCCGCGCGCGGAGACCGCUACGGGCGCUUCGCGAUCGACCCAGAUCCGCGCGGCCCGGACGCGUCGUUGGUAGAAGAUCCGUACUACGACCGCCGCGGCGCUCGCGGGCCCGCGUCGGCGUCGCGACCCUUCGCGCCGAUGCUGUUCCGCUCCUCCCCGAGCGACCGCCGAGGAGACCCGCGCGGUCACGACGGGGGGGACCCGUACGCGUAUUCGCGCGGAGGAGGAGGAGGAGGAUACUACCCCGAAGAUCCUCCGCACUCCGGAUACCACGGCGACCGCGGCGGCGCCACCCCGGGCGACGGGUGGGGAAGCCGCCGGCGGAGCGCGGGUCGAGGCGGUUACAAUACCGCCGGAGGGGGCCAGGGGUAUUUCUCCGGCGGCGUCGGCGGCGGGACGCUGCACACGCCGUCCACGCGCGGGUUGCUCUUCUCUGGGAACACCCCGAGCGGCGCGAGCGGCGGGACGGCGCGUCGAGUGUUCGGCGGACGAGGCUCCUCCGCGAAGGGCGACGGCGCGGGCGGCGACGGCGCGUCGCCGAAGGACGACGGGCACGUGGGGACGCCGUGGUCGAAGGGGCGGCGCAGAAGCCCGCGUCUUCACGCGAGCGCCGCCGACGCCGCGCACACGCCGCCGCAGGGUGUUACGGCGGACAUCGGGAACGACUGCUGGGUCACCGUCUUCGGCUUCGCGCCCGAGAAGGUGACGUCGGCGUUGCGAGAGUUUCAGAGGGACGGCGACGUCGUCUUCUUCGACGCGUUCGACGACGGAGAGAAGGCUUCCAGCGCCGCGAACUGGACGCACGUCAGGUUCGCGACGAAGGAGGGCGCGCGCAGGGCGCUGCUGAGGAACGGCACGAUGGCGGGCGGGAGCAUCGUGGGGGUGAAGCCGCUGGACGACGCGACGCGGGCGAUCGUCGAGGCGCGGCACGGCGGCAUCGGGCUCGCGAGCGGCGGCGGCGGCGGCGGGAGCGUCGUGCGGCCGAGCGGCGGCGCGGCGGCGAGCGCGCGGCCGCACAGGGUCGCGCCGACGCGCGAGGGCGUGUCGCUGCAGCCGCGGAGGAGUUUCUGGGGGAAGGUUGUUGAGUUCAUCUUCGGGAUGUGA